AACGUCUCGUCUAGGAGGGGAGAGGGGGAGUGAUGAGCACAGACAGUGUUGCAGCGGCAUGGUGAUGGCGAUGGCGAUCAUGUCCCCCAUUAUGGAUUGAUUGAGCUCUCCCACUUGUCUCACGUAUCGUCCCUCUUCCCUCCUCUGCCGCCGUCUCUUCCUCUCUCGGAUUCCUGUACCCUUCCUCGUCUCCGUCUAGCUCUUCUUUUGCGAUUCAUUUCAAUGCUUUCCAUGACGAAUUUGGUGCCGUAUGUCGUCGGCAGGGCCAGAGAGGCGUGUUGUGAAUUUGUAUCGCUAACAUGAGGACCAAGGCAUCGGCAAUGGCCGUCUCGGAGAAAGGGAGGGGGAAGGGGAUUAAAAUUGAUGACUCGGACGAGAGGAGAAGAGGUGUGUCUGGAAAAGGGAAAAAGGUCGUGCUCGGUAAAGGAAAGAAAGUCGUGUCAGACGAUGACGACGAAGAGGAUUAUGAUAGCGAGGAAAGCUUAGCUGACGAGAAAGAAGAAGACGAAGCUGAGCACAGUAGCGGGGAUGACAUCAGGAUUACGAGGAAGAAAAUGCACAAGAGGCUAGUCCUUGUUUACUCAUGUCUGCGCUCGAAUUCUGAAGGACAUUACUUGAAUGCUAAGCUGUCAAUAGUCAAGGAGCAAUUUGAGCUUGACGAGGAUGAUUACGAUCUACUUGAAGAAGCAAACGUGACUGGCUUUCGUCAUCCUUCAAACCUGGGAGGUAAAUUCAAGCGGCUCAAGAAAGCUGAUCAUGUUCAUGGUAGAAAGGAUUCAGGUGCAGCAGUUGAGGAGAUGUCAGAGGACGAAGAAACAGAAGAAGAUGAGGAUGGGAUGGUUGAUGAAGAGAAUGAGUUGGAAGAUGAAACUGGGGUUGACGAAGAUAGGUCAUUUUUCAAGUAUGGACAUUUGCAAAAGAGGAGGGCCAGAAAAGUCCAAUCGAAGAGUACAGUAUUCCAAAAAGGAGCUCAGUGGAUAUAUAAAGGUUCAAGACCAUCUGUGGGGAGCAGAAGAAAACGAGAUAGAAAUUCAUCGGCUGUUAUAAACGAGGAGAGUGACGAUAGUGACGAAAACGAUGGUAACGAUCAAGAAACCUUGGCUCGAAAAUUUCUGGAGAAACAGUUUGAACCGAGCCCGCUUGAAGCUCAUAAUGUGAUAGCAAGAGAUGACCGGCUGCGAUCAACCGAUAUCCCAGAACGAAUUCAAGUGUUGGAGGAAGUUGCGGGUCCUUUGCCUCGAUCAAUUGUUGAAUUGAGGCGAGCAUCCGAAUGGAUUUUCGACAGAGCCUUUGGCCAUCUUUGUCUGUAUAGUCGUUCGGAGUUUCAGCAUCUUUUGAAUAUGGACAAGUAUGAAGUUGUGAAGCAGAUUGCUAAUGUUCUGCAUCUUGUCCACAACGAAAAAUUGGAGAUUCCUUUUAUUGCGAUGUAUCGACGGGAGGAGUGCUUAGAUCUUUUGAAAGAGCUGACAGACGAGGUUUCACAUGAAGAUAGACGAACGAUCUAUCGGUUCGAGGCGCUGUGGGCAGUGCAUGAAUGGAACAAGAAGUGGUUGAUUCUUCAACGCAGAAAGUCUGACCUGCAAGAUAGUUAUGAGAUGCGGAUUCCAAUUGGCAUCAUUGCCAUUCCUGAAAAAGACAAUCUUUUCAAGAGAAUUCUUAGAUCUCUUGCAGAUGCUGAAUCUGAACAAGCUGUGGGUGAUUGCGAAGCCCAAUUCAACCUUCACUUUCCUACAGUUGAAGUGGAUAUGGUAGAUCGUGGAUUUAAACGACCUAAGUGUCGGUCAUCCUACAGCUGCGCUCACGAUGCAGGUUUAGGAUCUAUAACCAAGUACUUUGGAUUGACCUCAGAGGCUUUCGGGGACAAUUUGAAAGCUGGGCAUAAGAUGAAUGAGAUAUUGGACGAGGCUUUUUUACCAGAUGAUAUCGCUUCCAAAUUUUGCAAUGAAAGCGGACCAACAACUCAGUUUCGGGACCCUGCAUCUAUUCUUCGAGGUGCCAGGCACAUGCUGGCUGUGGAGAUCAGCACAGAACCUUCGGUACGGGAGUGUGUUCGCAUGUUCUACUCAAAAAACGCAACAGUUAACACAAGACCAACUCCAGCGGGAAUGGAGAUAAUCGAUGCUUUCCACCAAUUCGAAGGUGUGAAAUUGAUAAAGGACAAACAAAUUAGUGCGUUUGAUGAUGAGCAAUGGCUUCUUAUACACAAAGCUGAAGCAGAGAAGCUUAUUGAUGUUACAGUUGGAGUAUCAAAAGAGUCAAUUGAUACUUUUCUUUCUGAAUGUGAGCCUCUGUUUUCAAGUGAUGGAUCAACCUGCACAUCCCAACAUUGGAAUGAGCAACGGAAGCAGAUUUUACAGGAAGCAACUGUGACAAUUUUGCUCUCAAAAAUGGAGAAGGAGGCCCGCAUGAAUCUGGUCACCAAUGCUAAGCGAGUGGUGGUUGCACAGUGUGUCUUGCAGUUAUGGAACAAAGUCUCUAUUGGCCCGUAUGAUCCAGCUAAAGGUUCUGGUAGGAAAUGCAGAAAUGAAGAGGGUUCUGCACUUCGUGUUCUGGCUUGCUGUUGGGGCCCAGCUAGUAAAGGAACGACUUUUGUGAUGCUCGACGCUGAUGGGGAGAUAUUGAACAUUUUACACACUGGAUAUUUAAGUACCAAAGUUUUUACUCCUGAACAAGCUCAGCGCAAGGAAAAUGACCAAUCACGCUUACUGCAAGUGCUAAUAGAUUUCAAGCCUCAUAUCGUCGUAUUGGGGGCUGCAACUGUUCAGUGCCAGUAUCUCUACCGAGACAUUUCUGAUGUACUAUUCAGAGUUGUUGAGCGGCAUGCUGGAGAUUUGGCUGGUAGACAAGGCACGAUUAAGUUGGUGUAUGGAGACGAAUCUAUUCCCAUUCUAUAUGAGACAUCAAGAAUUUCCCAGAUUCAGCUUCCGGGGCAACCAGGUGUUGUUAGACGAGCAGUUGGGCUGGGUCGGUAUCUUCAAAACCCUGUGGCAAUGCUAGCUUCAUUGUGUGGCCCAGAAAUGGACAUCCUUUCAGUUAAAUUUCAUUCACUGCAGAGUUUUCUCAGCAAUGAAGAACUUUAUGACGUUAUUGAGCGCGUCAUGGUCACAGUAACGAACCAGGUCGGUCUUGAUAUCAAUCGGGCAAUUACCCACGACUGGUUAUUUGAGACCCUUCCGUUUGUUGCCGGUCUUGGUCCUCGUAAAGCUGGAGCGAUUAAAAGAACUAUUCAAAUGAAAAGGCGUGUACUUUUUCGAGAUGAUCUGUAUUUAACCAUACAGGCUUUGGGCGAGAAGGUCUUCAAGAAUUCCGCAGGUUUUAUCCGUGUGCGACCGAUUGAACAAACAUCUUCCGAAGUACAUCAUCUGGAGCCUCUAGACAAUACCCGUAUUCAUCCUGAGUGGUAUCAGACGGCGAGGAACUUCGCUGAAGCUGUCAUUGAAAAGGAUCCCAAGCGGAAUGAUGGAGAAAUUGAUUGUGAUAGUCUUAAUAUGGCAGUAGAGCAUGUAAUGAAGAACCCUGACCUUUUAGAUACGAUGGUUCUUGAAGAUUUUGCUGAGUGUGUCCAAGAUGAUGGAAAUAGCAAUAGCAUACAGACACUGGAGUUGAUCAAAUCUGAGCUUCAGCACGGGUUCCAAGAAUGCCGAAAGGUAUACUUGGAGCCCUCUAAAGAAGAGUGCUUCUAUUUGAUGAGUGGUGAGAGGGAAGAAACUCUCUUUCCAGGCCGAAUUGUGCAAGCAACAAUCAGAAAAGUGCAGGACAAUCAGGUCAUGUGUGUGUUGGAAUCUGGGUUAGUGGGAUUUAUCUACAAGGAAGACCUUUCAGAUCAUUGCGAUGCCGAGCCGAAAGAGAGAAUCACCGAAGGCAGUUUAGUGACAUGCCGCGUGAAAAACGUGAACAUGGAAAAAUUCUUGAUCUAUUUGACAUGCAAAGAAAGUGAUUUCCGAAGGGAUUUUUAUGGUGAUCUUCACCAUGAUGACAAGCCUAAAACCACCUUGCUUAGUGAACAAGAAAAGAUUCGCAAAGAAAAUGAAGAUCAGCAUAAGAAGACGUUUAAACUACGCCCAAUUGUCCACCCUAAGUUUCAGAACAUUUCUGCUGACGAUGCAAUCAAGUCACUUGCGGAGAAAGAUGUGGGCGAUUUCACAAUUCGUCCGAGUUGCAAGGGCCCAGCACACCUCUCAAUUACACUAAAAUUAUCUGAUGAUCUGUUCUCCCAUAUCGAUAUUGCUGAGAGUGAUAAAGAGCACUGGGACCUAAAUAGCUUUUUACGCCUUGGAAAGACUCUCACUAUUGAAGAUGAAUCCUACAAGGAUCUUGACGAGGUGGAAGUCAAAUAUGUCAGUAAGUUAGUGACUCAUCUGCAUGCAAUGCUGCAAUUUCGUAAGUAUAAGCAAGGAACCAAAGUAGAAAUUACUGAUGCUCUACGUUCCGAAAAGACGGAGAAGCCGAAGUCCAUCCCAUACUGUUUCUCCCUUUCACACGAGUACCCUGGAGCCUUCAUGCUUUCCUACAUGAAAGCUACCACUCCUUUUCACGAAUACAUAUCUCUGUUCCCAAGUGGUUUUCGCUUUCGUAAAAAGGUAUUUGAUACUAUCGACAAACUUGUUGUUUACUUUCAAAACCACUUUCACGAUCGUGUACCUGAAGUUUCCAGUAAAAUGAGAACUUGGGGAGAGGAAGGAAGAGGCAGAGGAGGGAGGAGGCGUGAUGAUCGCGGUCGCGGGCGGAAUAGUCGCGGACGUGGAAGGGAAGACUCUCAUUUGGACAACUCUGGUGAGCUCAAAUGGAGACGGCCACUUAUAUGCAGGAGAUGUUACGAGGAGGGGCAUAAGUCGAUGGAUUGCCCUGACAAAGACACGCCGUGCGAAAAGUGUGACUCUCUGAAGCACCGGACCGUAGCAUGUGGGGUACGCUGUGGAAUCUGCAGCUUUUGGGGACAUUUUGACAAGGAAUGUACGAAUCGUCCUACAGGAGAACCAAGCACCAACGAUGCAGACGGUGGCCAUGCUUCUCAAGAUGAUGGUGUUCCAAGGAGAACUCGAGUAGGCCGUGCUUCACAGAACGAUUGGGAGGGCAGAAAUUGGAAUAAUGGUGACGGAAAUGAUAACUUGGGUGACGACCAUGGUACUGCACACGAAACUAAUGGAGGAGAUACCUGGAACGACCGAGAAAAUGGACGAAAUGCUGCUUGGGGGAUCAAAAGUGAUAUUGUGAGCAACAAAGAAGGAGAAUGUAAUGCCUGGAAAAAUUCUACUAUUGCACCAGGAGGGGGAGGAGAUUGGGAUAGCUGGAACGAGCCACCAGAUGGAGUGGAUGCUGCAAAAAAUGCAGGAAGUAGGGGAGAAGAUGCUGGUUGGGGGCAGAAAGGUGAGAAUGCAAGCGACAUAGAUGGGGAGAUUAAUACGGAGGAAAAAGUAACAAAUCCAGCAGGCAGGGCAGAUAGGGAAACCGGGAAAGGAGAAAGUGACAAUGUUGAAGGUGAUAAUAUCAAGUCUGCUCGUAGUGAUGGUGCUUGGGAUUCUACAACAGAAUCUACUGGAGGAGAUGAUGGAGGGGUUGAUGUGCCAGCAUCUGUUGGUGGGUGGGAUGCUGUGGAAGGAGGGCACAAUGACUUUUUCGGUAAUCAAAGCGGAGUUCCAGACGAAGACCGUGAUGUUAAUUUGGGAGGUGGAGGAGAGAGGACGAGACGCUGCAUGUCCGACCUAAGUUCAUCACCUGCAAGGAGACCUGAGUCUAUUAUUUGGAAAAUUAGUGAAUGUACAUCUGAUAUAGAUUUCUCUGAUAAUAAUCAGCGUGGAGGAAAAUCUGCUAGCGACACCACCACUACGGAUUGUGCUUGGGGUAGCGCGACAGAUGCAGCAGGUAGUGGGAUAGACGGCGGGUGCAACACCGUACCCGAAUCAAAAUCAGGCAGUUGGGAUGCUGUGCAAGAUAGUGAAAAGGGAAGAUUCGGCAGUCAGAAUAUAGGCGCAGCUGAGAACUGGAACCAAACAGGUCGAGACCAUAAUGUCGCACUAAGUGAAGAGAGAUCUACCAGUCCAAGAUGUGAUUCGUCACCAGCCGAAACAUCGCACAUGCCCGUUCAGAACACUUGGGAGGAUCAGAAUGGACCUCCGGCUUCAAUUGGUGUUGGAUGUAGUGAAUUAGUAGUAAAAGAGCGUGAUGCGACAGUGGUCAGCGGAGGAGAUUCUGGAUGGACUGAGUCAACACAGAAAAUUGCUAGUGGAGAAGAUUCGGGGUGGGGUGUUCUAAAUAACGAAGCAACUGAAACAGCUGGUGCCGAUUGGAGUUCCGUUGCUGAUCCUUGGGGUUCUGAAGGAUUUGGUGGAUUAGGCCAGAAAGAAGCAGCAGCAGCAGAAAGUGGCAAAAUAUGCAACGAUGAAGGGUGGAAUUCGUCACAAACAAGUGACGGACAAGGUAGUAACAUUGCCCAUGGUAGAUGGGCAAAUCAAGAGAGCCGUGGCGCACAGAACAAUGGCGGUCGAUGGGAAGGUCGAGGAGGCCGUGGUCCACGUAGCGAUGGUGAUGGUGGGUUCAAAUCAAGAAGACCACUUAUAUGCAGGAGAUGUUAUGUGGAGGGGCAUAAGGCGAUCGAAUGCCCUGAUAAGGACACACCAUGCGGGAAGUGUAACCGUUUGAAUCACCGCACCAUAGCAUGCGGAGUACGGUGUGGAAGCUGUAAUUAUUGGGGACAUUUUGACGAAGAAUGCACGAGUCGACCUUCAAGGGGGGUAAGCACCGAUAGUGCAAACGGCGGCCGUGGCUUUCAGAAUGAUGGUGAUGCAUGGCGAAGUCGAGAAGCCCGUGUCUCAAAAACGGUUCCUAGAGGCAAUAGUAGUGGCUGAGACUAAUUUACAUGGUGUAUGUUAAUGAUAUUCAUAGAAGCUUGGCAGCAGUAACUCUUUGGACAAGACGUGAGGCACUCUCAAGCAGUGGAAGACCGAAAUAUUCUAUGACCCACUCUAACAUUCAGUAUUCAGUGGCAACAUCGAUGUGAAUACCUGAGGAAAAAGCCAAGACAAAAAGAAUAUAUAGAUGUUCCAUCUGCCUUUGGAGACUUUCUUUGAUGUAGCCGGCUACUAUGGACAGAGAAAAGGUGAUCAAACCACUCAACCGUUUGGGUUAGACUGUGCUAUUCAGCAACCUCCCAUCAAUUCCUUCCCAGAUCAGCACAUUAAAUGGAGACUGACUAGGAUAACACCUAAAGUGUAGUUCAAUAAGGACAUAGUGAAGGUUAAAAGUUUAACAUUGAUGUUUGUUGAAGUGUAAUGCUUGCAGAAUUCUCAGGUGAAAAUGUUACCGUUCACGAUGGACAUACUCGAAAACUAGAGGUUGUUUGCUUUUUCAACAGUUUCCACUACACAAUUUUCUUUUGUUUUUCUAUCCAAAUGUAGUCAAAUACUAAGAUUGCCAUUGUUGUUAAUAUUUACUUCAAUGACUAUACUGAAAUACAUUCACAUAUGCUUAAAUUUUGGAGUAUUAAAUAAUUUUGGAGGUUAAUGCCAUUUUAACAUA